AUGGAAAACUCUGUUCAGGAAAAAAUGGACAGUUCAAGUUCCACUAUUGAAUUCAAAGUUCCAGCACCUGUAAACACAAAAACACCAGAAUCGAUACCUCCAGUUCCUUAUGAAAAACCCGAUUGGAGUGAUAUAUCGAAAGUUGAUUAUGGUUUUGAGGUUAUAAAGGGUGGGCUCAGCGUGGAAACAAUAGAUCUUCCAUCUAAAGAAUUUUUGGUUCUCGGACGAUUGCCGGUGUGUGAUUUAUCAAUGGAACAUCCUUCAAUUUCUAGAUAUCAUGCUAUAAUUCAAUUUAAUAAUAAAGAUAGUGCACAUGGAACUAGAGUAAACAAACAACGAAUAUCAUCACAGAAUUAUAUUAAACUUCGUGUUGGUGAUCAGAUAAAGUUUGGCGAAAGUACACGAACAUAUGUUUUGUUGGGUCCAGAAGAAGAGCAAACACAACAGAUGAUUAAACCUCCACCAAAGCCAGCACUUGAAACUACAGGCGUUACUUGGGGUUUUGCAGAAGACGCCGAGGAUGAAGGCGAGCCUUUGGUAGCUGUAGCAAAAGAAUCUUGGAAACGCGACGAAAAUGCUUAUUAUUAUAAAGAUCCAAAAAAAGCAUUAAGAAAUUGGCUUGAGUUUGAAAGUGAACAAGAAGGACCAGGUCAUGCACGAACUUUUACUUCUCGCAUUCAAUUGCCUGAAGUUGAAGAUGCAUAUGGUCCUGUUUAUGGUACAGGAACUGGAUCAAAGAAACGAGAUGCAGAUAGGCAAGCAGCAAUUGAUGCUUGUGAAAAAUUGGAUAUGUUAGGCCUUUUGCGCGGAGGGCAAGAAGAAGCUGCGGCAAGGAAAAAAAGAAUUCAGCACUUGUUAGACGUUGAAGAUGACGAUGACGAUAGCUUUUAUGAUCGAACUGGUCAAAAAGACAGAUUAAAAUCAAAAAAACCUCAGAUGCAAAAAGUUGAGACCUAUGAAUCUUUAACAAAACAACGAGAAGAGCUCAUGAUUAAUAUUGAAGAAAUACGAAAUAAGAUACAUAAGUCUGCUGAAUCUGACGAAUCUACCGCUAAUUUAGAGACAACACUACAAGGCUUGUUAAAGCAAGAACAACGUCUUGCACGACUUAUCGAAAUUACAAAACCUCCCGAUAUUAUACAACAUGAUAAUAGUUCAUCAGCUGUAAAAAAUUUACAUGCUAUCAACUAUGAACAAGAAUUAUCAAAUGUUAAAGAAAAUUUGGCAAGUAUCUUUGUUAGUGAUGAAGUAUUAUUUCAGGAAUCCGUACAGAUAAAAAAUAUCGAAAGAUCACCAAUAAUAGAUUCAGAAAUACAAGAACCAACAGUCACCCCACAAUUAAUAGAGUCAACUGACCCUGAAAAAUCAGAUGAAGGAGUGACGUCGAUGAUUCCUAAGAAAAGAGAAAUUUCUCAAGAAGAUUCGGCUAUUGAUAGUGAAAAAGGAAAAAAAAUUAAAGCGUUAAUUCCAAUGACACCACGUGAAUAUGAAGAACAACAAAGAAAGGCUCAAGAAUCGAAUGAGCUCGAAAUUGAAGAUGCAACAAUUUGGGAACCACCUCAGGGACAAACAGGCGAUGGUAAAACAUCAUUAAAUGAAAAAUACGGUUAUUGA